AUGGCUGGAACUCACGAGUUGAGGGAGGCGAUGGAGAUGAGAAUGAGGGCGCUUGACGUGCAGCUGGAAGAGACAAGGAGGGAGUUAGCAGCAGCCAAGGGGGAUUUGAGUGAACACAAGAGCGUAGGGCAAGCAGAGGAGGAGACAGCAACCAAGGGGCAGCUGGCAGCCGCAAAAGGGGAAUUUGCAGCAGGCAAAGCAAAGCUGGCAUCAGUGAAGGGGAGGGUCGCUAAGCUGGACAAUCGCAUGCUCAAGGUCGAAACGGCCCUGGAGGAGGUCUUGGUCUCUCUUGUACGAGACGACUGGGGAAGCACACGGGCGUUGACUGCCGUGUCGACAGCAUUCAGCGGGGAGACAAAACAAACCCCCACUUUUUCCCUCACUGCCCUUUUCUCCCCUUGCCCUCUCUUCCUCUUUCGUGCUCUGUUCUUCACAUUUUUCAUGGUUUCCCUUGACAAUCACAUCGUGCUCCUCGGGUAUGUGCUGAACGGAGAUGACUUUGAAGCCACAGGCCAACCUGACCCGGGUUGA